AUGGCCCAUGUUUUGUUCAAAAGCAAAGACAUGGAUGGUGGCAUGUCCCGAUGGUCCGAGUAUCUAAGUGUUGAAGAACCAAUUCCUUCGGCAUUGGCAACCUGGAGGAACAUGGGUGUUGAUGGGCCGCAAGGCUCGUCUGCCAGUGGCCACAAACAUCUUCAGAUGGAGCCGGUGGUUCAACUGUCAAAGGUAGAUAAGUUUGCUCUUGAUGCUUUAAACGAGAAUGCUGAAGGUUACAUGCACAAUCUUGAGCAGUGGAUCCUGUUGCUUCUUGAUUUGCUGGCAUUUCGUGAACAAGCUUUGCGACUUAUUUUGGAUUUGAGCAGCACGGUCAUAACAUUGCUGCCACACCAGAACUCUUUAAUUCUUCAUUCUUUUAUGGAUCUGUUUUGUUCAUUUGUCCGAGUGAAUCUUUUCUCUGACAAGAUGCCAAGAAAGAUGAUCCUCCAGGUUUACAAUAUCUUGCACGGCAUCUUUCUUGGAGGAGCUCCAGGUGCAAACACCAGCUCAGGCGCCGCAAUGUUCGACGUGGAGUACGCCCGGUGGCUGGACGACCACGGCCGGCGCAUGGCCGAGCUGCACGGAGCUCUGCACGCGCACUUGCCAGAUGCUGACCUCAGAGCCAUCGUGGAUGACACCCUGACCCACCACGAUGAGCUGUUCCAGCUCAAGGCGUCAGCAGCCAAGUCCGAUGUGUUCCACCUCCGAGCGACGCUGCUGCCCCAGCUGGAUCCCCUGACUGAGCAGCAACUGGUAGGCAUAUGCAACCUUCAACAGUCAUCACAGCAGGCGGAGGAAGCUCUCUCCCAGGGCCUGGACCAGCUGCAUCAGUCACUAGCUGACACCAUGGCUGGUGGAUCUCUGAUUGAUGACACCAACAUGAGCUUCAUGGGUCAAAUGGCCCUUGCCCUUGGCAAGCUGUCCAACCUUGAAGGUUUUGUGAUACAGGCUGAUAACUUGAGGCAGCAGACUCUUCAUCAGAUGCACCGGAUUCUGACAGUUCGUCAGGCGGCGCGAUGUUUCUUGGCCAUUGGCGAGUACCACAACCGCCUCCGUGCCUUAAGCUCCCCCUGGGUUUCUCGGCCUCGAGAGAUACUGGUUGCAGAUGAAGGCAGUUGUGGGGAGAUAAGCAUUGCGGCACAAGCAUCCCAAAGUCAAUUUUCAUCCUUCUGA